UUGCGCACUGCGGAGCGGGCGCGGGUGUCUCCAGCGCGGCUCUCCCAGUGCGCGGGGCUGGGGAGGAGCAGGUGCGCGCACCGCGGGCUCUGCGCCUGCAGAGGCGGGAAGAGCGGCCGGCCCCGCGGGAAGGCGCAGCCCGGGCUUCCGAGCUCUGGGGCUUCCAGAUGGGCCGGAGUCGUCCUGCCCGCCCGGGGUGGGCGGCCACAUGGGGGGCACUGCGCCCGGGCGCGGCCCCAGGUCCUUUCCAAACGCCCAGUGGCGCUCUCAUCCGUACCGGCGAUGAUCCAGAGGGCGCCUGGUCGCCCGGGGAGCUGCCCCGGUCCGCCUCGAUUCCGGGGACAACGCCAGGCGACGCCACCUGCGCGGGUCCCGGAGGGCCUCUUGUCCCAGUGUGCAGAGCGUGCUCAGUCUGCGGAAACGCGAGGGCACACUAGCACUUUCCUGUAUGUAUUAUUACACUUCCAUUUUUAGGAAGUGCAUCCGAAGGGCCGGCAGCAGCCAAAGUCAGGGUAAAAGCUUUUAAGCGGGAAGCGCGCGCCCGGUGCUGUUCCUUUAAAGCGUUGGGCCCGCCCGAGGCAUUCUGGCCGCAGUCGCGGCCCGUAGCGCUUCUCGGAGAGGCCGGCUGUGUGCGCUCGCCCCGCCUUCGGACAACGCCCCCUCCCCUCGCGCACGCGCACUGCGCCCCCGCCGCCUGGCGCCCGCCCGAGCUGCCGCCUUGUCGCGCAGAGUCCGCGCUCCCGCCCAGGAGGCGGCCGACGCGACAUCCCGAGCGCCCGGCCCCGCCGCCGCGGCCCGGCAGCAGACUGCCUCUGUCAUUGGGACCCUCCAUCCACAUCCCCUGUGUGACCAGCGUCAGAGCCAUGGCAACGGAGGAGAAGAAGCCGGAGACCGAGGCCGCCAGAGCACAGCCGACGCCUUCGUCAUCUGCCACUCAGAGCAAGCCUACACCCGUGAAGCCAAACUAUGCUCUCAAGUUUACACUUGCUGGCCACACCAAAGCGGUGUCCUCCGUGAAAUUCAGCCCGAAUGGAGAGUGGCUGGCGAGUUCAUCUGCUGACAAACUCAUUAAAAUUUGGGGUGCAUACGAUGGGAAAUUUGAGAAAACCGUAUCUGGUCACAAGCUGGGAAUAUCCGAUGUAGCCUGGUCGUCAGAUUCUAACCUUCUUGUUUCCGCCUCAGAUGACAAAACCCUGAAGAUAUGGGACGUGAGCUCGGGAAAGUGUCUAAAAACCCUGAAGGGACACAGUAAUUAUGUCUUUUGCUGUAACUUCAAUCCCCAGUCCAACCUUAUUGUCUCAGGAUCCUUUGAUGAAAGUGUGAGGAUAUGGGAUGUGAAGACAGGGAAGUGCCUCAAGACUUUGCCAGCUCACUCGGAUCCAGUCUCGGCCGUUCAUUUUAAUCGUGAUGGAUCCUUGAUAGUUUCAAGUAGCUAUGAUGGUCUCUGUCGCAUCUGGGACACCGCCUCCGGCCAGUGCCUGAAGACACUCAUCGAUGACGACAACCCCCCAGUGUCUUUUGUGAAAUUCUCCCCGAAUGGCAAAUACAUCCUGGCGGCCACGCUGGACAACACUCUGAAGCUCUGGGACUACAGCAAGGGGAAGUGCCUCAAGACGUACACUGGGCACAAGAAUGAGAAAUACUGCAUAUUUGCCAAUUUCUCUGUUACUGGUGGGAAGUGGAUUGUGUCUGGCUCGGAGGAUAACCUUGUUUACAUCUGGAACCUUCAGACGAAAGAGAUUGUACAGAAAUUACAAGGCCACACAGAUGUUGUGAUUUCAACAGCUUGUCACCCAACAGAAAAUAUCAUUGCCUCUGCUGCGCUAGAAAAUGACAAAACAAUUAAACUGUGGAAGAGUGACUGCUAAGUCCCUUUGCUUCCGCGAGAGAGACUGUCAGGAAAUUGAUCCGGAUUGGCAAGAAACAAGGCGUCUCAGAGCUGGUCCCCCGGGUCUGCACCGGGGUCAGGACGGGGCCGGUGUCAGCCUCCUCUUGAAAGAUGAUUUGGCCGAGCGGAAGGUGGAGAGCACCGGAAGGUUCUAAAAGUUGCUGGUGACAUUUCUUGCCAAUUCUUCUAACACGGUCUAGGGAAAAGUUCCUAGCCUGUUGUGUGCAAAACAGUCAACACAAGUUUUAAAUUUUUUAUUACAAAAGGGUAAAGUCCAAUUUAUCAUGCGUUGUGUUUUUUCAGUAAACAUUCUGUAUCUUUUUGAUAUUCAUGACCCAGUGCACGCGUGGCUGGUCACCGCCACUGUGGCCUCGCCAGCCGGCCGUCCCCCUUCUCUGCUGCGUAGCCGCCCCGGGCUGCGGCCCUGACUUCGUCCGUUCCUGCCACAGCCGUUCCUGGUGUCCGCAGCUUUCUGGAAAGCACAGCCUCGUGUGGUGGUUUUCUGUGUAAAGAGCCUUUUGUGGCCCACGCACGGCAGCGUGGUCAUUGCACACGGCGCGUCUUGUCUGUCUCACCAGUGUCCCUGCAACAAGAACACCACAGACUGUAAUAAAAAGGUGGGGUUUUGUGGACAGCUGUGGGAAGUGCGUCCUUGUGCAGCGCGUCACUACGUGGCCGUCUUGGAGAAAGGCUCCCUUUCCCUCUCUGGGGAGGAAGGGAGGCGCCCUGGCUGGCCGCCCCUGCUGUCUGAAGAUGCCCCCCCUUGAAGGCUGUGCUCAGUGUUGCUGGGGGAGGGGCAGGGUGGGGGGCUCUUAGUUGCAGAGGAGCCAAGCUCCUGAUGGGCUCCCGUUGGGAUGUUGGGGACAUCCGUGGCAUGGGAAGGCUCCAGGUCAGAUGCCAGUGGGACUAACGUGCCUCGUGAGGGCUGCAGAGCCAGCGCUGCCCCUCGGCUUCCCGUCUCCCGGCAGCCCCAGGAGCAGCUCCUCAAGGGAUCGGGUGCUAAGCGAGAGGCCUCACCAUGCCAGCCCUCGCCUGCCUGCCUCUGCUCCUGGCCAUGCGGCUUCCCGGUGCUCACCUGCACAGCGGUCACGGCGGAGGCUGAGCGGGAGCCUUUGGGGAGUGAGGCUGGAACCUGAGCCUGUCUGUGGAGACCUUUGUGGUAGGGGCUGCCAUGCACGGUGAGGGGCAGAGCGGGUGGCCGAGGGCACAGGUGCCUGGGUCUGUCCCAUGGGGCAGGGCUUUGGGGCAGGGUGGGCUGUGGUGCUCCAGGAAGCUAGCCCGGGUCCUGGGUCUGCAAAUAGCCCUGGCCCCAGAGCCCAGCCAGGUCUGCCUCUGUCAGGCUGGAGUUCUGGGUGAGUCCUCCAGGUUUGUGGUUGCACCGGCCCACGGGGGAGGUGCGGGCUCGUCGGGUGGGCUCUCCUGGGGGUCCUCUAGUGGCAGAGGUGAAGGGGGAAUUACCUGGGCAUCUGGAGAUGCCUGUCCCACGGUUUACCUUGCCCCUCUUUCUGAUGAGGUGUACAGAUGAGAGGGACCCGGGCUAAGAAGUGAGCUGCCACAAUGAAAUGGGUUGAUUUUUGUCUUUGACGCUCAGGGUCUGGGCACCCCGCAUUUGCCGCCUGUUGUGACAGACUCGGGGAGCUCCGCCUGCAGCUGCCCUGCUGUGGGGCACCCCUGGGGCGGUGAGGCUCCUGCAGUCUCGUUCCGGGGGGGAAAGCCCACUCUGGGGAGGGCUGUGCUGUGCUGAGUGCUGUAUCCCUGAAUAUAGUUUAUUUUUUCUACAUUUGAAUUCUGUUGUAGAUUUAUGUAAAAAUACAUUCUUUUUGAAAAUAAAAAUUUUCAUGUCUUCUAAUUU